UGCUGUUCGGAGAUCCGAGCCUUGAUUCUCUAGUUUAGAAGCCCGAAACCCGGCGCUUUCCGCAGAUUGACCAACGUGCUGCACAGCUCCAAAAGGAAACCUAUAGGAUGUAAUCGUAGCCACAAGUUUUGUUUCAAAUGAACGUAAUUUUUGGUCUACAUUUUUUCUUUCUAUUUUUUAUAAUUUCAUAAUUUAUUGUUAUGCAAGGAUUUAACACACCAAAAAGAUGAUUGGGAGCUACGUUUUCGGCUGGAGAAGUCUACGACCAACGAAAUGCAAUACUUAGAUUUAUAACGGAUUAUUAUAUGGAUUGCAUUUGAUUAUCCUGCCCUCCCGCUGGAUUUCGGAUUAUUCACCAUUCGUCAGUAUGGAAGGACGGGAUUUCGCUGCGCCUGCACACCUCCUAUCCGAGCGGGGCGCGUUGGUACACCGCGCCGCCUCUCGGAUCGGCUCCACCGGCCACAGUUCAGUACAGCAUACCGGCCAUUUCCCGCCAGGAAAAUACUACCCAUCUCACAUCUCAAUGACUCCGCAUUCAGGCAGUGGAUUGAUGGGGAACUCCUCGGCCUCCUUCAUGGGUACGUUCCUGGCUAGCAGUCUGGGCUCACCCCCGUCACACCCGUCUCACACUUCCCGACCCCCCUCAUCCCCCUCCUCCCCCGGAUCCUUCCGUGGUGGCCCCCACUCCAGCGCCUCUCAGAUCUGGUUCCCCCACUCACAUGAAGCAGCCCCAGGGUAUCCUCGAUUCUCAGGGAGUCUUGCCCAUACCUUCCUUCCCAUGAGCCACUUGGAUCACCAUGCCAACGGCGGCGUCCUCUAUGGGCAGCAUCGUUUCUAUGACACCCAAAAAGAGAACUUCUAUCUAAGAAGCCUUCCGUCCCAGCCACCUCUCAUCUCAACCAAUCACGGCCUUCCGCCCAUCUCCAGGGCGGGGCCAGGGCACCCUCAGGGCUCCUGCAGUCGGGACAGGGAUCCGGGGGGCGGAGUCAGCCUACACAAGGGCCUGAAGGAGGGGUCCACGGAGAGAGGCGUAGUCUCCAGCACCAAGGACAAGGAGAGGCCCACCGGGAAACAGGAGGCCAAGGAUCGACAGCAGCACCACGGCCACCAACCGCAGCCCUUGAAUCCACACCACCACCCCCACCCAGGCCACCUACACCCCCAGCAGCAGCACCCGCAGUACCCCCAGCACCCGGUCUCCCUGGAGGAGGUCAACAGCCGGGCCCUGGAGAGACACAAGGCCGCCCUGGCCAUGGAGUACAAGGAGCACCACCAGGCCAUGGGGAUGGCCAAACCCCUCAGCGCCUGCCUGCUCAACGGGAAGAUGCAGAACGGAGGGGACCCGGGGGCCGGCGGGGCCAAGGCCUCCAUGACCAGUUACGGGGGGGAGGUGACGGGAGGCCGGGGGUCUCAGGCCAGCCACAGACACGUGGGGGGAGGGGCGAACGGACGCUGCACCAAGGAGGGGGUGAGCGGCGAGAUGAGGAUCAGCGAGCAGCCAUCGGACUGUCUGGAGGGGAGGGGCCAGACCCUCCACCACGCCCUGCCCUACUCGGUGGCGCCGCCCCUGCACAUGGGCUCCACCGCCGGGGGAGGCCACCCGCACGCCCACCCCCACCCCCACCCGGGGGGCUUCCACUGCCUACAGCUCCACCCCACCCACCCGCACCACCCGCACCACCACCCGGACUUCUUCUGCCCGCCGCCGCCCACCCCGCUGGCCAACCCCUCGCCGCACGAGAGGGGAGGCCCGGCCGGCGGCGGAGGCGGGAGGGAGACCAAAGUCGCCGGGGCCACCUUCGUGCCGUCCGUGGGGGAGGGGCACAUGGGGGACAAGUCCGGCGGGCAACCCUUCCAGAUAGGCAACCCGGCGGACUACCAGGGUGGGGUGGGCGCCAAGGAUAAGGCCAUGGAGAAGGGCGGGGGAGGGGGGCACCCCAGUAACUGGCACAGGAAACAGCAGCAGCACCCGUACAGGAAGGCAGAGAAAGCCCCGGACUGGAUCCAGCAGCAGGCUGUUCACCACCACCUCCAGCCCCCCCAGACCCAGCAGCUCCACCCUCAGCAGGCUCAGUCCCAGGGCCAACCCCAGCAGCAUCAGGCCGCGCGUUCUCGCAGUGUCGAGUGCAUCAACGGCGUGGGGGUGGACGCUGCCGGCGUGUUUCUCCCCCAGGGAGCCAAGUCCGGCCACUCCCUUUCCCACCCGGUCAACACCUCCCCGUACAGGGACUGCUCCCACCCCGGCCCCACGCCCAACGCCUCCCCCCUGGGGGGACGGGGAGGCGCGGGCGGCGGCGUAGGGGCCGGAGGCGCCAACUGCUCCCUGCAGAGAGACGGUCAGAAGGUGGCGCGCAUCCGCCACCAGCAGCACGGCAGGCCCGGCCCGGACGCCCAGUCGUCAGGGGAGCUGAACCACGGCAACGGUCAGAACCAGGAGCUGAAGAGGAAGCUGGAGAUGUCGCCGUAUGGCUACGGCAACAACGGACAGCAGCAGCAGCUCCACCCCCAGCAGCCCUCUGUACCCCCCUGGUCCAUGAGGCAUCCCGCGCACCACGCCGAGGAGGAGCAGCAGCGCAAGGCCUACUUGGAGUCUCUCGGCGGGGUGGGCGGCGGCGGAAGGCCACACCCCCAGUCGCAACCGGGCCAAGGUAUGGGCCUCCCUCCUCAUCCUUCGCCCCAGCCCCCUCCACCCCCGGCUGCCGCUCAGCAGCAGGACCCCCAGGUCGCCCCACAGGCCCAGGGAGAGGGCAGCGCCAUGAAGAGCCUCCUGAAAUACAGCAACCAGCAACAGCCUCUGCUUCUCUCCCAGAAGAGUCCCUUCGGGGGCCUGGGGAGCCUGAAGUCUGGCGGCCCCGGGGGGCGAAACCCAGGCGGCAGCUGCACCAUGCAGGGCAGCAAGCAACAACAAGCCUUGCCUGUCAGAAAGGGCCCGACCAGUGACGGGGAACGCUCUGAUUGCGGAGGGCGGGGCCGGGAGAUGGGCGAGGCGCUGAGUCACGGGGAGGGAGAGGUGCGCCAGCCGCCGGUGGGCAUCGCAGUGGCCGUAGCCAGGCAGCGGGAACCGCCAUGUCGCCCGGGCGACGCCCAUCCCAGUAGCCGACAAGGGCGGAUGCACCCGUCCAUGAAAGGACCAUCUCGAUCCCUGUACCCCUCGGACCCCGCAGGAGAGGAGGAGAGGAAGAGGAUGGCCGCGGAACAGAUGGGGCUUUCCUGCCUGGACCGUGACCGAGAGGCCUACAUCAGAGAUAAUAAGGAUCGAGUGGAAUUCGCAAGGAUCCAUCCUUCCAACAGCUGUCACGGUGACAUCACCUCUCACCUCAUGGUGCAGGGUGGCACUUCCUUACAAUCUGGCCAAUUAGGAGACCCUUCUGCUCAUGCACACGCCCACUCGGCCCACCACCAUUGGAUGCCAAGGACUGGAAGCCCCUCCCUUUGGAUGACAAGCCACUCCUACGGAAUUGGCCACUCAGCCCUUCACCAGAACCUUCCCCCGGGCUUCUCCACAGCCAUGCCAGGGCCCCUGCAGCCUGUUCUCCCACUGCCCCAGGACCCGUCGGCGCAGCUGGUGGUGCUGCCCACAGAACCCGCCGCCCACCCUGCAGCACAUCACCUGGACGUGAUGGAGCAGCCCGGCCUGUGGCCCCAAGUGUACGGAGCCCGAGGUCCCCCCUCCCACAUGCACCCACAGCACCCGGCUGUCUACUCCCGCUCGCAGUUUCUACGGCAACAGGAGAUCUACGCUCUCCAGCACCACCAGCAGCUCCAGCAACAGCAGCAGCACCAACAGAGUCACCAGGUCCAGCAGCACCACCCCCAGCACCAACCCCAGGUCCAGCGCCAGCAGCACCGAGCAGCACAGACCCUGGAGCUCCAGCACCGGUCCAACCACGCCCAGAAGAGACCGGAGGAGUCGUCUGUGGAGCUGGAGGAGCUGCUUUCCGAAGCCCCGGGCUCCAAACCUGCCAAAGCCUACUCCUCCUACCACAACCCCUCCUCCAGCAGGAGCACCCCCACCCCGGGGGCAUGCACUGCCCACCAGUCCCCCUGCUGCCAGUCCCACCCCAACAGCACCCCCUCCACCCCCUGCCCCGCCCCUAGCCCGGCGGCCGCCGCCGCCCCUCGCUCUCCGGCUGCCAGCCCCGCCCCCUCACAGCUGCCAAAAGGGGCGGAGUCCCAGGACAAGAGAGGAGAAGGGCAGCCGCCGCAGGACUACCCGCCAUCCCUGGAGCCUGACUUGCCGCCCGGAUAUAACUACCCUGCCAUCACCAUAGGAUACAGGAGCAGCCCCUCUCCCCAGGACGUACGAUUGGCCGAGCCAGCUGACCUGGAGGCGGUUCAGACAGAGCCUGUUGAGCACGCUCCGCCACCUCUCUCCAAUGUAGAGGCGGAGCUUGAGUGUCAGGCUGUGGUGAGGCCCCUCGCAGAGCCACACCAGGAAGUAGAAGAAGAGGCAGCAGAGGUGCAGAGGGAGGAAGUGGAAGCCGAAGUAUCAGGAGGGAGCUGUGCUCCUCCAAAUCAGGAGCAUAGGGAGCAGCAAGACAAGGAGGUGCUGGUGUGUCCUCCUGCAGAGAGCCCUGUGUGUGAGACAGGCUCCUGUCUCAUCCCUAUCCCCCUUUCUGAAGAGAAGAACCAGAGAACUGACCCCGCCUUCACCCUGGAGGAGCAGGAGGGGGAGGACAGCCUGGUGGAGAGAGCACAGGAACAGGAGGUGGCAGGAGAACAGGAGCAAGAGUUGGUUUCUGCCAUCAUUGACCUUGACCCCCCUGGCCCUGCCCUGCCCCACCAGGAGGCACAGUCUGAGGAGGUGGAGAACGAGGAGGAGAGAGGAGAACUGGAGCAGAAGGAGCGAACCUCUAUUGAUGACAACCACUCAGUGGAGUUGGUAUGCCUCCCCCCCUCCUCUCCAUCCUCCCCAUGCCCCAGCCGGCCAGCAAUUACCUCCUCCAACUCCCACAAGUCCAUCGUGUCCAGCUACUGGAGCCUGGAGCUUCUGAUCGCCGCGGCCUUCUGCGCCGACGUCCCCCCCUUCCCCAUGCUGUCCUCCAACACCCUCCAGGCGCCGGUCUGUGACGCCCAGCAGUGCCCCAGCCAACCCCACCCCAACCACGGCAUGGAGCUGCUCAGCGAACUGGCAGACCUGGAGCUCCAGCAGCACCGACACAUCACAGGGGACAGCCAUGGAGAGGAGAUGUUGAUCUUUGACCUCAAGAGUCUUGCCACCCUGGCAGCCGCCCGUGCUUUGGAGCUGGGUGACACAGAGGGUAGGGUGGCGGGUGGCGGGCGACACUAUCCAGCCCGUAGGACGCUCAACCUGCGCAGGAAAUGCAGCUGGACUCCUCGCCACGAACCGGUGUGCCCGGCGAAGGGUACCAUGGAGACCAUGGAUGGCCCGGAGCUAGCCAUGCGAGUUAAGCUGGCAGACCUUCAGAGGCGCUACAAGGAGAAACAGAGGGAGUUGGCCAAGCUACAGCGGAAACAUGAUCACCAGAAAGAGGAGAACCCCCGUAGCCCGGCUCGUCGAGGACCGGGCCGACCCAGGAAGCGUAAAUCCACUCCUGCCCCUGGCCCUGGGUCGUCCUCAGAGACCCAGAGGAAAGUGAAGUCAAUAGGAGCUGGGCAUUGCCUGUUGCCUGAGGAUCUGCAGGGAGAAGGGGGCGGGGACACCCAGAGGAAGAAGAAGAAGCUGUCCAAUCGGGGCUUUGAGCGGCUCGGCGCGGCACAGAUGAAAGUGCAGAGCUGCAGCAGAAAGGCUGGCUUCCAUGGUGUCCUCAGCGCUAAGCUGGCCCGUGACGUGGCCCUUCACCAGCACCUCAAGCAGCACAAGGCCCAGGCAGGGAAGAGGACUCAGACAGGGGCAGGGCCAAAUGAUAAGGAUGAGGUGGGGUCUGGCGCCAUCUCCACCCCUAAUCACCGCGGACACAGAGCCCAGGCUGCCUCCAAGGCCGAGUCCAGACGAGUCAUCAUUGAGUCAGGUGGCCAGAGUGACACAGCAGCCAGUGCAGACAGCGGAGGCCAGGAGGGCUGGACUGGGACCACUCUAAUGAUACAUCAGGGGAAAAGAAAGGGGUUGGGCAUGGGGGAAGAUCUCGGGGUUCAGGGGUCCGCACCACUUCAGCAGCCCAGGGCCAGGGUCCUCCGAGGCAAGAGACCGGAGGCCAUGGAGGAGGGAGAGACCACCCCUGCCGAGAGCGAGUCCUCUGACCCAGAAGAGGAGGAAGAGGAAGGCAGUUAUGAAAGUGACGAAGGACAAGACAUCAAAGCACAACCCUCCCGAGACUUGUCAUCAAGCGCCACUGUGACAGGCCCAUCCCCCUCAUCCGUUGUCAAGCUGGAGGCCAAUCAAAAGGCACGGAACAAGAAAGAGAGGCAGGAGCUUUACGGGAACCAGAGUCUGCAUGGGGCUGAGGGAGAUGUGAAGGUGAAGAAGAGAGCCCCCUGUAGGCUCGGCAUGGUCCCCGCUGCCAAGAAGCGCCCAGCGGACCAGCACAGGUCGGAGGGGGUGAGGAGGGCCCACGGCGCCAGGCCCCAGGAGUCUCGCUGGGGGAACCAGGGGUCCAGGGGCAGCCUCUACCGGAGGAGCAUUGGGCUGGUCACUUUCCCCUCCACCAGUGAGAGGCUGAAGAGGGCCACACGCAAGAACACCAUGCUGAGAGGACCUAUGAACAAGAGGAGAAAUUGCUGGUCGGGCGGUGUCCAGUCACCUCAGAGUGUCGACAACACCAGCAGGGGGAGAAGGAGCCGGAACAAACAGCCCAAGGGUCGCGCGGUGAGCCGCCUGCUGGAGAGCAUGGCGGCGGACGAGGGCUUUCAAAUGGACGAGGACGACAGCUUCUCAGAGGGGGAUAAGGACGGUAACCCAUCAUACCCGAAUAACCAUAGGAGCCCUCUGGAAGCCCCGAGCUGCGUCCUGACCAAAGAGCGGCUUACAGACGGACUCAAGGUGCUCAUCUCCAAGGAGGACGAGCUUCUCUACGCAGCCCGGGUCCACACGCUGGAGCUGCCUGACAUUUACAGUAUUGUUAUUGACGGGGAGAGAGGAAACCGCCCCAGAAUCUACUCACUGGAACAGCUGCUGCAGGAAGCGGUCCUGGAUGUAGCUCCGGAGAAGGAGUCGGUCCUCACUGAGGGGACCAGGGUGUGUGCCUACUGGAGCGAACGCUCCCGCUGCCUCUACCCGGGGAACGUACGGCGAGUUGGUUCAGGGGAGGAGCGGAAACAGGGAGGUGUGAUGGUGGAGUUCGAUGAUGGAGACAGGGGGAGGAUCUCCCUCCCCAACAUCCGUCUCCUUCCCCCGGGGUACCAGAUCCACUGUGCCGAGUCUUCCCCUGCCCAACUUGGGCUCGGUGGCCAGGCAGCCCGGAGGACCCCCAGUCUUGAGAAAGCUCCCCUGAGUGAGAGACCCUCUGAGAGACCAGCAAAAACAGAAACUAUUAGAAGACGACCAGGGAGACCAAAAGGUUCUGGGAAGAAGAAAAAGAGUCUGUCGGACAGCACCAAUAAGAGCUCAACCCCUCUGCUCAGCUGGCCAGCUGUGGCCGUCCCCAGGAAGCGGGCCUCUGAUAAUCUGUUCCAGCUCAACGGGACCCCCAGGAAGGCCCCAAGGGGGUUGAGGGAGGACCACCUGUUCCCCCUGCCCCCUGCUCCUGUCUCAUCUCCGGCCAAGGGUCUGUUCAGCAGCAGCUCCUUUGAAGUCGACUCCUUCAGCAGCAUCGCUAACGGCUUCUCCUCCUUCUGUAGUACCCAGCCCACAGGCAUGUCACUUGGUUCCAGGAGCGGGCCCUACAACCAAAGGCGGAAGCCUGACGAGGCUGGGGGCAUGCCUUCACGGGGCAGUAGGAAGAGCGGUCAGGAUUUUCCGGUCAAGCUUGAUCACGAAGGGGUGACCUCCCCCAAGACGAAGAACGGCAAAGCCCUGCUGCUGUUGGGCGGCAACUCUGGGUUUGGGGCUAAAGGUGUGGGCAGCCUCCCCAGGCCAGAGGCAUACUCCCACCCAGUCUUGCUGGUCAAGGACAACAGGAAGGGAGGUUCCGCCUCCAGGGCUGAGCUCCUCCUGAAGGGUGCCCCUCCGCCCCAGAGGAAAGCUUCACCCUCCCUGGCUAUGGGCGAGUAUGGCGUCAGCUACCACCAGGACUGUCACAGCUCCUACUCCGACCUGGACGACGAAGACGACGAGGAGGAGGAGAGGAGGGUAGCUGCGCUCGGCUCGACCGCCCCCGGAGGUUUGAGGACUGCCGGGCGCUUUCUUUCCCGUCUUUCAGUCUCAUCAUCCUCCUCAGGCUCCUCCAGCUCGUCUAGUUCGGGCUCCAUGUCCAGCUCCAGCCUGUGCUCCUCGGAUAAUGACUCGUCUUACAGCUCGGAGGACGAGGAGGGCUCGACGCUGCUGCUGCAGAGCUGCCUGUCCUCCCACCACAGCCAGCUGCCCCCGGAGCCCCCAGCCACAGCCGGAGCCCAACAGGGCAAACACUCUUUCGUGGCCAAGGCCGUAGCCGUAUCUAACACCAAGGUAGGCGGGGGAGGGGCCCCCAGUGACCAAAGUGCCAACAGCAAACUUCUUAAAGGCUGUGUUGGGUCAUCGCCCGUCAAACACCCCAGAGAUCUGGUGAAGAGGCAGCGGAUGAUGACCGACGACGCGGGGCCGAGACCCAAGGUGAACACAUUCCUGCCAGGGAAACAGCUGUGGAGGUGGUCGGGGAACGCCACGCAGAGGCGGGGGCUAAAAGGGAAGGCCAAGAAGCUGUUCUACAAGGCCAUCGUACGGGGAAGGGACACGGUGAGUGUGGGCGACUGUGCCGUGUUCCUCUCUGCCGGCCGGCCCCAAUUGCCCUAUGUGGGCCGCAUCGAGAACUUCUGGGAAUCGUGGAGCUCAAGCAUGGUGGUAAAGGUCAAAUGGUUCUACCACCCCGAGGAGACCAAACUAGGCAAGAGGCACCGCGACGGCAAGCACGCUCUGUAUCAGUCGUGCCACGAGGACGAGAAUGACGUUCAGACAAUCUCCCACAAGUGCCAGGUGGUGAGCCGUGAGGAGUACGAGCGCGUUGCCCGCAGCCAGAGACCCGGCGGCAGCGUGACCACCCAGGACCUCUAUUAUCUGGCAGGCACCUACGACCCCACCAGCGGUCAGCUGCUUACUGCUGAGGGGGUGUCCAUUGUCUGUUGAGCUGAGGACAUCCUGUCUUGAGUAUACUACUGAAUCUGAGGGCAAGCUCCCUGUGGUGUUGCCUGAAGGUGCCCUUGGCUUUGCCUGAAGAAACCCUGGCCUGACUGUCCAUGGGAUGUUCCUCCUCAAUAGGCAUUAGCCCUGGAAGAAAUGAAGGUCAAGGUGGCCGAGGCUUUGCCUGAAAGACCCUUGGCCUGACUCUUUGUGGAACGGUCCUCCCCAGAUGGGUCUGCACUGGAGGAAAUGAAGGUCAAGAUGCCCAUAGCUUUGCCUGAAAGUCCGGGCCGGGGGUGGGGUGGGGGUCCUUAUCAGAUGUGUCUGUGGCUUUGCCUGAAAGACCCCUGGCGCUACUCAGUGCUGACUUCUGGUGGAGGUCAGGGCCGAGGCAGGGCUGUUCCCAGUCUACACUGGAUAUCACAACAUACUGUACUAGACUGGGGUCUAGGAAAUGGGAGGGGGGGGGGGUUAGCCAUGAAACCCCCUCUGCUCCCAGCCCUACUGGGUAACUUAAGACAAAGAUCUGGGUUCUGAACCUGAACAACCAAGAUCCAGGAGUUCAGUGACAUCCAACUGACUUUCCAAGUGUUGGUCCAACUUAACCUGUCUUAAGUUAGACUGAGGAUGACGUUUGAGGGACAGUUACGCCUGAUCUCUACAUAACUCACCAACCACCGUAGGUCACCAAAGUCGAGCUGAAUGUGGGUUUGGAUUGAACAGUUCAAGGCACCAUCAGCCUGUGGUUACUUCAUUCAGCUGAGCAUAUGACUGAGGUCGGUAUAGGAUGUUAAUCUCCUUAGUUCGUCUUCAUGAUUCCAGGGAUGUUAAAAUAUGUAUAAGAUUAUGACGAUAAAGUUGAUGUAUGUACAUAUUUGGAAUGAUUUUUCUAAUCAAGCCAUACACUUCAGUACCUCUUGCCUGUCUUAUGGUUCAGGUUUAUAUUGUACAGGUCAGUUAUCAGUUGUUUUUUGUUGUGGUUGUCUAUAUGUAUAUAAAAUCUUUUAUAUAGAAAUAUAUUGUAUAUACGUAUUAAAGGUAUCUUUCCAUGUUUUUCGAUUGAUUUAUUUUUCUAUGCGUGGCGAAUAUGGAUCUUUGUGUUUUUCUUUGGGACAAUGAGCUGAAGACGUUAAGGUGUUGCACUGCCCAUGCCCUGCUGAGACAGACAGAUGCACAGAGCACAGGGACGACAGAAGGAUGUCACAGGAGGGAACUCAAUCUCUCAGAGAGAGGAGCCGUCCUGUAAAAAAAAAACAAAAAAAACAAAAAAACAUAGGUCAAGUGGCUUUUUGUCCUUAAAUGUGUCUCUUUUUGCAUUUGUCAUUUGUUUUUUAUAACCAUCUUUAUUUAUGUACUUUUCCGUUUUUGGUCGCUACAUUGCAGAUCCACAUGGACUGAAUUCACGGGUUACAGAAGAAUACUAUUAACAAGGUAGAAAUACAUUGAGUAUAUUUAUUUUUAUUGGUAUAGAAAUACAUUCUAAUAUUCAUUCUGUAAUGAGUGCUCUGGCAUCACUUUAACUAUGCCAUUGUGUUUUGCUCUCCACAUUAUUCCAUUCUAAAUGAGUUGGUCUGCAUAGUACUAUACUUCAAGUACACAUUUGGACCUGUAAAAACCAAAGCGUCUACUCUGUAAGAACUUCCAUGAAGUACUAUCGAAGCAUUAGGGUUAGGGGUUUAGGGGUUGUUGAUAGCAGUGGACAAUCAAAAUUAUAAAGCAAUGGAUAAGGUUUAAUAGGCUUACUCAAUCAAAAAUAUGCUUUUUAAUUUUAUUUUGUGCCAAAUACAUUUUGUCUUCAUCUCUGUCUCUGUUGUUUUGAUAUGCAAUCCUGACUGUAUUUUUAUGUGUUUUUAAAAGUUUUUUAUUUGGUCAUCCUCAACCUUUAUUUAUUGUCAAUGUUGCUGUUUGCUCAUUAAGCCAAGAGCUCUCUAUAACAAUGUGACAUUGUUUCUCCAUGUGAUGUCACAUUUUAAUUUCUUAAUAAAAGGUUGGUCUUGUAGAGGCCGCUUAGUGAAACAGAAUAAAAGAACACUGGAUUAUUCUCA